AUGGACGCGCCCUUCUUCCACGAGCUCAGGCGGCAGGCCUCCUCCUACCUCACCGGCAAGAUCCGCUCCGCGCGGCUGGCGCUCACCGACGUCACCCCGACGCAGCUCAUGACGGAGGAGGCGACGAACGGCGACGCGUCGCCGCCGAACGUCAAGACGAUGGGCCUCAUAGCCCGGCAGGCGUUCGAGGUCGACGAGUACGUCAGGAUCACCGACAUCCUGCACAGGCGCUUCGCGAGCUUCGACCGCAGGCAGUGGCGGGAGGCGUACAAGGCGCUGCUCCUCCUCGAGCACCUCCUCACGCACGGGCCCCGCAGCGUCGCGGUGGAGUUCCAGAAGGACAGGGAGGCAAUCGAGCAGAUGGCCACCUUCCAACACAUCGACGAGAAAGGCUUCAACUGGGGCCAGACGGUGAAGAGCAAGUCAGACCGCGUGCUCAAGCUGCUGGAGCGCGGCCCGUUCCUGGAGGAGGAGCGCGAGCGGGCACGCAAGAUCGCGCGCGAGAUCAAGGGCUUCGGCAGCUUCAACCUCAGCAGCGCCUCCCACGCCGUGUCGCAGCCAUAUCCCGGUGACGAUGGAAGCCGCGGCUACGGCCGGAGCAACUCGCAGUACGAGGAGCGGUGGAGGCACGAUGACGGCGACGACGGCGGCGGCCGGUUCGGGCGGAGCAACGACUCGCAGUUCGAGGAGCGGUGGAGGCACAAGGAUGGCGACGACAGCGACAAGGAGAAUCUGAUACAGAGCCCGGAGCCGACGACACGGGUCGAGGCGGAGGCGGAGGAGCUGCACCACCACCACCCGUUCCACGGGUUCGGGCAACAGCGGCCGGAGGCGACGCUGCUCCUGAGCCAGUGGACGGGAUCAGCCGGUUCGUGUCAUGGUGAUGUGAAAAGAACCGUGUGCUCAACUAGCUUUUCUCCCGUCCUCGAAGGCUGA